AUGGCGGCCGUGGAACUGAAAGGGUAUAACAAAUUGGCCGGAAAUACAUUUCCUAAUAUAGUCCCAAUGUUGUUAGGUAUCCCAGUACAGGAAAUGAACGACAGCCGCAAGUUUUAUGACAACUAUCCAUUUAUCUGGAAGGAUUUUAAGCAGGCUGGCUACGUUACCCUCAUGGGCCAGGAUUGGACUUCAAUCGCUAUAUUUCAUUACCUAUGUAAGGGGUUUAGACAGGCCCCUCUCGACUACUACAUGCGGCCCUAUAUAAGGGGGCUGGAGAGCACUAAUAGACACGGCCUUUGUUCGGGAAACAAUCUGAUAUUACAGUGUAUAUAUGAUAAAUUAGCAGAUUUUAUUACAACAUACCAUGACGUUCCUAAGUUUACCUUCACGUUUAUCACUCAGCCGUCACACGACAACCCUAAUGGACUAGGUAUAGUAGAUCUGCCUCUAAAACGGACACUGUCAGACCUUCACACACGUGGUCUACUCAACAAUACUCUACUACUAGUAUUUGGUGAUCAUGGCAGCAGAUAUGGGCCAAUUAGGAAAUCAUUUCAGGGUCGAAUUGAAGAAAGCUUACCAGCUUUUUACGUUUCUCUUCCACGUUGGUUUCGUGAAGAACACAGCGAUUUAUAUGAAAAUCUGAAAGAAAAUCGAGAUAAACUUACUAGUAAUGUUGAUGUUUAUGCUACCCUUCAGGACAUAAUAGAGCUUGGCAAAGGUCACGUGACGCCACGGGUCACCGGAAAAUACGGAACCAGUUUGCUUAGGAGGAUCAGUAGAGGUCGAACGUGUGCCGAUUUAAAAAUACCGCCUAACUUUUGCAUGUGUCAAUCAUCCAACCAUUCCUAUUCAACAAAAUCAAAUAUAUCCCUUAAUAUUUCACAGUGGGUCGUCAAAGAAAUAAACAUUAUGCUUUUAAACGUGUCUCGUUUAUGUACAAAUUUGACACUAAACAAUGUUCGCCAUAUUUGGAGUCUAGGUAGCCGACCUAAAGAUGAAGCGAAACUCUUUUCUACUAAAGUCUACUUUGUGGUACAGUUUGCUGUUUUACCGAGUCACGCUGAGUUCGAGGCAACAGUUCGAUACUUUAAGGGAGAGUUUUCCCUUAUUGGGGAAGUUUUACGUACAAACAAGUAUGCCGGGCAGUCUGACUGUGUCUUACGUCAUAAGAAUGCUAUUGUUUUGGAGAGAUAUUGUUAUUGUCGUAAAUAA